AUGGCGAGAUACGACAGAGCGAUCACAGUGUUUUCACCCGAUGGCCAUCUCUUCCAAGUCGAGUACGCUCUCGAAGCCGUUCGCAAAGGUAACGCCGCCGUUGGUGUUCGCGGUACCGACAACGUCGUUCUCGGCGUCGAGAAGAAAUCCACCGCAAAACUCCAAGACUCUAGAUCAGUGAGGAAGAUUGUUAAUUUGGAUGAUCACAUUGCUCUUGCAUGUGCUGGACUCAAAGCCGAUGCACGUGUCCUUAUUAACCGGGCGCGAGUUGAAUGUCAAAGUCACAGGCUUACCGUUGAGGAUCCUUGCACUGUGGAGUAUAUAACCCGUUACAUUGCAGGUCUUCAGCAGAAGUACACACAAAGUGGUGGUGUAAGACCCUUUGGGCUUUCUACCUUGAUUGUUGGAUUUGAUCCUUACACAGGAUCACCAUCCCUGUACCAAACAGACCCUUCUGGCACAUUUUCAGCUUGGAAAGCUAAUGCAACCGGAAGAAACUCAAAUUCAAUCCGUGAGUUUUUAGAGAAGAACUUUAAAGAAACUUCUGGGCAGGAAACUGUCAAGUUGGCUAUCCGGGCAUUGCUUGAAGUUGUUGAGAGUGGAGGCAAGAACAUUGAAGUUGCUGUGAUGACCAAGGAGCAUGGUCUGCGUCAACUGGAGGAAGCUGAAAUUGACGCCAUUGUUGCUGAGAUUGAAGCAGAGAAAGCUGCUGCUGAGGCCGCAAAGAAAGCUCCCCCGAAGGAUACAUGA